GCGAGCCCAAGCUUCUCCGUUCGGCAAAGCCCAAGCUCUUCCCCCUCCACAGAAAGAAAGUUUCGCGCGGGGCAGGCACCACCGACACGCGAUUAACUACCCGCAAUGGCAACCAAGCAAGCGCAAAAGGGUGGACAGAUUGAUCUCGGGCAGCUGCCAGUGCCGCAGCUCCAAGAGUUAAAGACACAGCUCGACCGCGAGCUGGAACACUUGACGACCUCGUUCCAGUCUCUCCGCACAGCGCAGUCGAAGUUCCGUGACUGUAUCAACUCGAUAUCGCAGGGUGUCAACCCGGGCACCGCCGACAAGCCACUCCUUGUUCCCCUCACAUCUUCCCUCUACGUACCCGGCCGCCUCACCUCGUCUACCCAUGUACUCAUUGAUAUUGGUACCGGCUUCUUUGUCGAGAAGACUGUUGAGGAUGCGACCGACUUCUACAACCGCAAAGUGAAGGAUCUACAGGACAGUUUGAAGGAUCUCGAGGGCGUGAUCAAUGGCAAGGCCAACAAUGUGAGGAUGGUGGAAGAGGUUAUACGGGUCAAGGUCUUGAGCGCACAGGAGCAGAGUCAGAAGGAAGGAGCAGGUAGCUGAGGGACGACGUUAUGUUUGUUGGAGACGGGGCCAUGGUGGGUGUGUCACAGAGCGCCAGAUGAAUGCCUUCAACUCAGGCAGAGACCACAAGGUUUCCGUGAAACAGGACGACGACCCUCAAAAGGGCGCGCUACCUCGGCAAAAUCAAGAACAGCGAAACAGCAACGCCGUUAAU